UUAUACUUGAACGUUCUCAAUUGAAUUCAAAGAUGUUCAACUUGACAGUUGGGGCGAUCGAUGCAAUAAAUAGCGGCAAGAAUGUCGAAGAGCCGGUUCUCAAACUAUUGGGGUUUAAAAGUGUCCCAGGUGGUGGCAGUGGUCAAAAUCGUUAUAGAUUACUGCUCACCGAUGGCGUGAAGACUCAUUCAUUUGCUAUGCUUGCCACACAGUUAAACCACUUGAUUGAUGAAAAUAAAUUGGUUAACAAUACUGUAAUUCGCGUUAGAAAACAUGUCUGUAAUAACAUCCAGAAUAACAAAGUUGUUCUUAUCGUUUUGGAUCUUGAUAUACUUGGAACAGAUGACUCAUCGGGUGGUUUGAAGUCCGAACCAACAUCUGAAAUAGCCAAACCUGCCACAACCACUUCUCAUUCGUUAGAAAACGAACAAAAAACUCCACCCAAGUCCUCUAGUGGUCCAUUCUCUGGUGGUCAGCCAAAUACCCCUGGAACACCAGGCUCUGGUCUCCCACGUAUAUUUCCUAUACAAAGCCUCAAUCCAUAUCAGAAUAGAUGGAGUAUACGUGCUCGUGUAUCACAAAAAUCUGCCAUCCGUACUUGGAGCAAACAAGGUCGUGAUGGGAAGUUGUUCAACUUUACAUUAGUUGAUGAAAGCGGUGAAAUCCGGGUUACAGCGUUUAAUGCUGAAGUAGACAAAUUUUAUGAUACGAUUGAGGUAAAUAAAGUGUAUUAUGUCAGUCGAGCAAACUUGAAAGCAGCUAAUAAACAAUUCAAUACAACAAACAAUGAUUAUGAAAUGACACUUCAUAGUGAUAGUCAAGUGUUGCCUUGUGAAGAUGCCGAUACUACUUCUUUGCCAGAAACUCAUUUCAAUUUUAUUCCAAUUGGAAAAUUGGAUACACAAUCGCCUGGAUGUUUUGUCGACAUUGUUGGGGUUGUACAUGAAUGUGGUGAAGUACAAACAAUCACUGCUAAAGCAUCUCAACGUGAAUUACGUAAACGUGAAUUAGGCCUGGUGGAUAGUUCUAACUGUUUAGUGCGUCUUACACUAUGGGGUGAAGAAGCAGAGAAUUUCGAUGGUGCCAGUCAUCCUGUGAUUGUUAUAAAAGCAGCAAAAAUAUCUGAUUUUAAUGGUAU